GAGUGAGAGAGAGCCCGCCGUGGGAAGAGUCUGCAGAACCUACCGGAGUGAGCCCGACGGAGCGAGAACGAGAACCCUGCCGGGGAGAGAAACCCUGCAGAGCCCCGCCGAGCCUACCGGAGAGAGACCCCGCCAUGGCUCCCGCCAAGAAGAAGGGCAACGCCAGCGCCCGCCGCCGGAAAAUGGAGGCGUUCCUGCAGGACUUCGACAGAGAAGUGGAGCGGCGGCUGCGGCGGAUCGAGGCGGACGGGGAGCGCAUGGUGCAAGAAGUGGAGCACAUGUACGACAUGGCCAUCCUGCGGCUGCCGCCCGAGAUCCGCGAGAUGAACUGGCUGGAGUUCUUCGCUCUAGCAAGAACUGAAAACACGCCAGAGGACGUGGCUAAGGCAGACAUGGAAAUAACAAAAGUCCGCAGGCUGAGCGCAGAAGUCCUUGAUCCCCUGCUGGAUGUUGCUGAGAAGGUGAGUAAAAUCAAAAGGAGCGUUGAAGCUGAUGAGGAAGCAGAGCCUCCAUCCCUUCCACGGCAGAAGAGAUCUCGACUUGCCAGCCAGUGUCCUUCAGAGGCUGACAGUGGGGAUGCAAGGACUGCCAAGGUGAAGGCAUCCACCAAAAAACCACCCGUGGCCAGAAGACCCCCCUCAGCGACAGUGAAGGGCAUGAGCAAGAGAUCCAGCAAAAACAGCUUCAUCACUCCAGCUACUGGCAGAAUGGUUGAUAUGUGUGCUCGGGGAGGCACCUCCGUGGUUACACCCAGAUUUGAUCCCAGGGUGUUCAAGACGCCGGGGCUGCGCACGCCUGCCAUCAACGAGCGCGUUUACACCUUCUCUGCCAAGGGCAGCCCCCUCGCCGAGCCCGAGGACGUCAUCCUCACCCUGCCCCUCGGCGGGGGAGAGAGCAUACGUUUGACAGAAAAGGAUUUGACCAAGAAGAAUUUCCUUCAGCUGAACCCCAAGGCCCAAGGGCUCAUGCAGAAGCUGUCAGUUUGUCUCACACAGGCUUGCAACGAGGCAAAAAUGGCCCAAGAUGGAAGUCAGUGAGCAAGAUGUCCCUCUGUAGUUCUUGUUUUAAUUUGUAUAUUCCUUUUAUUGACCUACAGAAUGGAAGCUAAAAAGCAGUUAUUUUACCUAUGAUAUGUAAUGGGAGAAAAAUUAAUUGAACUUUGGAAAGAAAUAAAAUGAAGUU